CUCCAUUUUCUCUCCCUCACACAUGUAUUAUCCCACAUCAAUUUCACUUCAUUCAGCGAAGCCCACACAAACACCCAAUAUUGUCUUCCGACAAAAAAAAUAAAAAACCCCCCAAUAUUGUCCCAACAACUCCACGCUCUGGCGCGCGCCUCCACUACCGCAACGACCGCCAUGGUGCAACACCGGUUCCUCAUCGUGACAUUUCCAGCCCAAGGCCAUAUCAACCCUUCCCUCCAGUUCGCAAAGCAUCUCGUCCGCACUACUGGGGCACAUGUCACAUAUGUCACAAGCCUCUCUGCCCAUAGCCGUAUAGGGAAUGGCUCAACUCCUUAUGGCUUGACCUAUUCGCUCUACUCUGACGGCUACGACAAUGGAUUCAAAGAUGGCGAUGAUAUCGACCACUACAUGUCAGAGAUUAGGCGUCGCGGUGCACAAGCCAUCACUGACCUUAUUGUGUCUAGUGCAAAGGAGGGUCGCCCCUACACUUGCCUAAUAUACACAAUACUUCUCCCUUGGGCCGCUGUAGCAGCGCGUGAGCUCCACCUCCCAUCCGUGCUCGUGUGGAUUCAGCCAGCCACUGUUUUUGACAUCUACUACUAUUAUUUUAGAGGUUACAAAGACCUCAUCCGGAACGGUACUAGUACUACUCAUACUAAUGGCGCUUUAUGUUCUAUAGAAUUACCAGGACUGCCGCUAUCCCUCGCCAGCCGUGACCUUCCCUCUUUCAUGGUGGAUUCAAAUCCGUACGGUUUCGCACUUCCCUUGUUUGAAGAGCAAUUUGAGCUGCUCGAGAGAGAAACCAAGCCCAUCAUUCUGGUGAACACGUUCGAUGCGCUGGAGCCAGAGGCCUUGAAAGCAAUUGACAAGUACAAUCUGAUUGGAAUCGGGCCAUUGAUUCCAUCGGCUUUCUUGGACGCCAAGGAUCCAUCCGACAAGUCAUUCCGCGGCGAUCUUUUCCAAAAAUCAGAGGGCUCUUCGAACAUCGAGUGGCUGAACUCAAGGGCCGAAGGGUCCGUGGUUUACGUGUCGUUUGGGAGCAUUUCCGUUCUGUCGAAGCCCCAGAUGGAGGAAAUCGCGAAAGGAUUGCUGGACAGCGGGCGCCCGUUCUUGUGGGUGAUUAGAGAAAAAGAAGGAAGCAAUGGACGAGAUAAGGAGGCUGAGAAGGAGGAAGAGAAACUGAGCUGCAGAGAGGAGUUGGAAGAGCUUGGGAAGAUAGUGCCAUGGUGUAGCCAAGUGGAGGUUCUGUCAAGCCCUUCAUUGGGUUGUUUCGUGACACAUUGCGGGUGGAAUUCAAGCUUGGAGAGCCUGGUUUCUGGGGUGCCUGUGGUGGCGUUUCCUCAGUGGACGGACCAAGGGACCAAUGCCAAGUUGAUUGAGGACACGUGGAAGACUGGAGUUAGGGUGACACCAAAUGAUGAGGGGAUUGUGGUAGGUGAGGAGCUCAAGAGGUGCUUAGAAUUGGUCAUGGGAAGUGGGGAGAUUGGUGAAGAGUUGAGAAGAAAUGCGAAGAAAUGGAAGGGUUUGGCAAGAGAGGCUGUGAGUGAAGGUGGGUCUUCUGAUAGGAAUCUAAAGGCUUUCUUGGAUCAGAUAGAAUGAGACAAACAAAAUGAAGAAAAAAGACAAAAUUAUGGUAUGGCUAAGAUGGAAGGGAUAUGGUCUGAAAUUAAUGAAUGGUUGUGAAUGGUCUGAAAUUCAUUGGGUUUGUUAGCUGGCUGCUUAGAACUUUAGACUGUAAUUGUCUCGUCAUUGUCAAUGCACAACCGGUCGACUUUAGUAAAUUGUCUUGUCAGGUUGCAUAUACAAUUAAAUGGACUUUUUUCCUUUAAAAA